UAUUAAAUCUUUUCCCCUUCCCAAUGUCUGACAAUGUUCUUCAUUUCCCUUUAUUUUUCCUUUGACUGUUUGGCUCUUUUUCUUCGACAACGCUCUUCCUUUGUGACGCUAGCUAUUCUUUGGCAAAGCAGCAAUGGCUUUAGUAGGUGAACAAAAGCAUUCACUCAUGGUGAAGAAAGGUCCAUGUUCGCAUUGCGGAGUUACUCAUACUCCACUUUGGCAUGAUGGACCAACUGAGAAACCAGUGUUGUGUAGCGAUUGUGGAUCACAAUACAAGUUAAAAGGAAAUUUAGACAAUUAUUUUCCCAAGAAUCCCGUUGUUCAGUCAUUCCACAAUAAGUUUACAAAUGUAAAUGGUGGAAAACAUCUCAAUGUUGAUGUGGACCAACUUUCAAACUAUGUUCCACCAACAACUGAUGAAGACAACAAUAAGUCAACCCCAAAUGUCCAUUGCAUAUCCGCGCAAGCUACUCCACUUUUGCGUAACGGACUAGUUGAUAAAUCGGUGUUGCACAAAGCUAGUGAAUUAUCCCCCCAAGAAACUCCAGCUUCAGCCAUUAAUGCCCCCAAGAAACUCCAGCUUCAGCCAUUAAUCCACAAGAACUUUAGAAAUGUAAAUGGUGGAAGCAGUCUCAAUGUUGAGGAUGAGGACCAACUUUCAAACCAUAUUACACCUGCAAGUGAUGGAGACAACAAUAAAUCAACCCCAAAUGUCCAACACAUAUCACCACAAGAUUUUGGGAGCAAAAUCCCUUCAAGGAAACGGUCACGGGUGGUAUACCUGACACCAUUGAAGGAGUGUAUGGAGGAGCUUUGGAAAUUACAUAGAAAUUAUGGAAGGCAUGCAGAAGAGCGUAUAUUGGAGGAUAAUGUGAACAACUUCAUACCCGAAAAUGAGAUAGCAGGACUUGGAGCCAUUCUUCUUAAGACGGAUCAUGAUGUUGCAGCUUCUGCAGAUACAUGUGAAUCAUCCACAGAUGAUUGAGGUUUUUGUAUCUAACAUGUGUUUUGCACACAUUCGACUUAAUUGCACAAUUAAUAUUUGGAUUUGAUUAUGAAUUAGACUUAAUUAGCUUGCAAAAGCUACAAACUGCAAAGUAAGAUGCAUGUCUUUCGCUAAAUGUUAUGAUUAUGAAAUGCGAAAAUAAUAUUUAGUAC